AUAACAGAAUAACUUCAAACAAAAAAUAUGAAAGGUUAAGAAUCUCUCUGAUUUUGAUAUCUUUCUCUUUGCCAUUAUACAAGAUAUGACAUAUAACAUUCCCAUUUGCCUGUGGAUUGAGGAAACCUACCCCCAAACUGCUCCCAUCUGCUAUAUCAGACCCACACAACAGAUGAUGAUCCUCAGCGGAAAGUAUAUCUCCAGCAAUGGUGAAGUCAUGCUGCCUUACCUGCGAGAGUGGAAGAAUGGGGAGUGUGACCUAAUGAGCCUUGUUCAGGUGAUGGUUGCAAUGUUUGGAGAAUUCCCUCCUGUAUGUAUGAAGCCUAAUCCAGAGCCUGAGCAAGCCUCUUGUUGGCUGCAGUUCCACAGACAACCCGAAGUAUUUACAGACACAGAUGGAAGUUUAUAUCUGGCUUUAACAAGAGAAGACGGGCAACCUUUUCAGCAAGAAAAUGAAACUAAUUGUUAGUAUUUUGUGCGAUUUGGCAACAGUUUGUGAGAGAAACGUUUUUGUCAGUUUUUUUUCCCCAUAUUGUGGAUAUGGUAUCUACUGACUGUGUGUUAAAUAGUGAAGUCUUCAGAUAUGAAAAAGCAUGCUGUAUUUUUAUAUUUCAAAUGAUUUUCAUCACAAAUUAGCACCCUUUCAUUUGAU